UCUGGUCCGGUCCACAUGUCCUCCCUGUUCUGUCUCCUGCAGGACUCUGAGUCUUUGGACGUGUGCGUCCAGAAGGCGCUGGCCGCCGUCUACCCGCCCUUCCAGGCCUCGGCCCCCACCCUGCUGCCUCAGGUCCUCGCCGUGGUAGACAGCUGUUACCGUGGAGACGGCCUCCGCUGCCUCUUCCACUUCCUGCUUCCUUCCAAGCACUUCCUGCAGAACCUGCAGCAGGAUGCCUGCGCUCCGUUCUCCGGCCUGCUGUUCCGUCAUCCCGGCUGGCCUCUCUGCCUCCAUGAGAGGAUAGUCGUCCAUCUUUGUCCUCUGGAGCCGCUCCUCCUCCAUCCAGGAGACUUCUACCUGCUGCUUUCUCCUGCUGCUGCUCCUGUGGCCUGCGGCGCCCCCGUCGCCCCCCGCCUGCUCCUGGUCAGCGCGUCAGCGGGCGGCCGCCAUGCGGAGCGGCAGGAGGUGUCGGCCCGGGCCCUGACCUCCAUCUUCAGCAUGGCCUGGCUGGACGCCGAGAACCGGGAGCGUGAGCGACGCGGCGCUGCCGGGCUGCGGCGCUGCGUCCUGUCCGCCCAGGGCGACGUCUUCAGGGUCCCCUGGGAGGACGUCGUCCACCCGCAGUUCAUCAGCCGCUCGCGCAGCUCCGCCCCCUCCAGGACGGACGGGAAGCUCCUCCCCCUCUCAGCUGCACCCAGCCAGUCAGCAGCCAGCAGCGACGACUCGGAGGGCGAGUAUGUGGAGCUGACCGAGCUGCUGCCACCGCAGCCACCAGCGCCGCCACGCUUCUCCCCACAGAAAGGAUCCCUGACCCAGUCCAUCAGCCUGCAGAACCGGACCAGAACCACAACACACUCCAACACACACCCGCGGGCCGCCCAGGCCAGCUCACACACCCUGCAGUGCUUCAGACUGCUGGAGGAGAACUUCAGUCCCUCCUCCUCCUCUUCAGGAAGCCGUGGCGCAGCAGGGAGGAGCAGCAUGCACGCUGCAGCUGCAGGAGGUGAGGAAGAGGAGGAGGCAAAGCAUGACAGGGAUGAAGGUUUGGAGUCAGACUGUGCAGAAAGAGAGGAGCGAAUGCAGCAGGAGAGGAGGAGCGAUGAAGAGGAGGAGGAGGAGGUUCUGGGAAGAAAGGAGGAAGUGAUGGAAGUUGAUCAGAAGGAAGAAGGAGAGGUUAAAGAGAAAGAGACAGGAUGUGAAGAGUACACGGCUAAAGACUUUUACUCUGAAAUUAGCAAACUAAUGCACUCUGAGGACUCUUAUUCUGAAAGGUUUAUGAGAAAACUAAACCCGGAAGAUUCGUACUGUAAAAACUUGUCUGAAAAUACACACACAGAAGACUUUUGUUGUGAAAGUAUCACAGAAAAAAUCCUCCCAGAGGACUCUUAUUCUGAAAAUAUGUCAGAAAAAACCAAACAGGGUAACCCUAAUUAUGGAGAUAUGGGAGUAAAUAUACAUCUGGGAGGCUCUUACUUUGAAAAACUAACGAGAAAAACAAACCUGAAGGACUUUUAUUCUGAAAAUAAUAUAGAGAAAAUAAACCCAGACGACUCUUAUUGUGAAAAUAAGAGCCAAAAAACAACACACCCAGAUUUUCAGUGUAAAAGCAUCAUGGAAAGCGAACCUUCAGCUGAGUAUUAUUUUGAAAAUAUUGCUCUAAAAACAACCUCUGCCUGCUCUUUUUCUGAAAAUGAGACACAGGAAACUCUCACUGAUGACUUUUAUUCUGACAGCAUACUGCAGACACAUUCUGAAGACUCUUAUUUUGAAAUUGGCUCCUUUCAAAUACCCUCUGAGUCAAAGAGGUUAAAUUCUGGGCAUGUUUUCCCCAACGACUUUAAAACUGAACAAAGUCUCCUCAAAUCCGAGGACUCUUAUUCUGAAAAGCUAAUACAACAAACACUACCUGAAGACCCUUAUUUUGAAGAUCCAGCACAACUAACACUACCUGAGAACUCUUAUUCUGAAAAACAAAAACAACUUGAUGACUCUUAUUCUGGAAAUCUGAUACAAUAUGAAAACUCUUAUUCUGAAAAUGCAGCACAACAUAACGACUCUUAUUCUGACGAUCCAGCACAGCUAACACUACCAGAGGACUCUUAUUCUGAAAACCAGACACAACCUGAAGAUUCCUGUUCAACAUUAAAACAACUGGAUGACAUUUAUUCUGAAAAACAAAUGCAGGACUCUUAUUGUGAAGAUCCAGCAGAGUCUGAGGAAGCUCCUCCUGCGCUCAGUGAAGGGCAGGAGAACCUGGAGAAAGAAGAGGAGCAGACUGAUGGACGAAGAUCUGCAGAUCAUCAGACUGAAGGUUCCAGCUGUGAAGGUUCCCAUGUCCAGUUACACAUCAACGCUGGCUCUGGUCCAAAAGAACCAGAAAAACCCUUGGCUUCCCCAAUCCAGUCCAGGUUCCAGAGUGAGCUGCUGCGGUCCGGAGCUGUGUGCCUCCCUGGAACCAGAGACAGAGCAGGGCGGGUUCUUCUCACCGUCUCCACCUGCAGCCCCGUGUGGUCGGACCCAGACUGCCAGAGCGCCGAGCUGCUCCGCCUCGUGCGCUACUACACCUCCACCCUCAGGGCGGAGGCUCGAGGCCUGGGGCUGACGGUGUUGGUGGAUGCUCGGAGAGCUGCUCCUGCAUCUGCCCUCUUCUCUGCCCUCCAGACGCUGCAGGUGGAGGUGCUGAGCUCCCUGAAGUCUCUGCAAAGAUACGUGGAUCUGCAGCAGCUUCCUGUAGAGCUUGGAGGCUCAUUGAGCUUCAGCCAGAGCAGCUGGAUCAGCUUCAGAUCGAGGGUGGAGCAGCUCUCCAGGCAGUGCAGCAGCGUCAUCCAUCUGCUGCAGGAAACCAUCAGCAACCUGCAGAGCACACCUUUACCUGCUGUUGCUGAGGUAACGGGGCAGGAUGCAGAGCAGCUGCUGUCCAGCUGCAGGGCGGCGAUGUGCAGCACCUUGAAAGAUGCCCGCUUGGUGCAGCUGCAGCAGGAGGGCGGGACCUCUCUGGCCUGGCUGCGCAGGGACGAGGUGAGCGGCGCGGCCGAAGAGCGGCGGGCGGCGGUGGAGGCCGCGGCGGCGCUCUACGAUCAGGUGGACGAGCUGCUGCACCGCCUGGUCACUCUGUCCAACGCCAGGACGCAGGAGCUCAGCUUCAUCACCGAGUUCAGGGGCCUGGAGCGCGGCUUCAGCCAGGUGAGGGCGUGGCUGGAGCAGGAGGGCGAGCUCCGUCUGCAGUGUCUGAAUGAGCCGGCGGACUCUCUGGAGCUGCUGAGCAGGAAGCAGCAGGACUUCAAGGAGUUCUACGCCGCCGCUUACGAGCGCUGCAAGCACGGCGAAGCUCUGCUGAGCCGGCUGGAGCGCUGGGGCGACGUCUCUAAUCCGGACCUGCACGCCUACGAGGUCGAAGUUCACUCCUUCUGGGCCCAGCUGCAGGACUUCUCCCAGCGGGUCAAAAGCACCGAGCAGAACAUGGAGCGGGCCGUGCAGCUGUACCGCUUCCUGGACCAGGCCUACGGCUGGGCGCUGGAGGGCCUUCGCCAGCUGGCCAGCGUCUCCAUGGAGGACUGCACGACGCCGGACAAAUGCUGGGCUGUGAUUGGCUGCCUGGAAGACUACCGGUCCAAGCACCCCCCAAUCCCGGAGAGCCGCUUCCAGGCGAUGAAGGCGGAGGCGGGGCAGCUGCGGGGGGAGCGCGGCCUCCGCCAGUGGAGCUUCGCCUGGUCCAAGUGUCAGGAGACAGAGAACACGUUUGACAGGAAGAUGGAGGCGGCGCUCCGGACUCGGGACUCCGCCCACCGGCGCCGCUCCGACUCUGUCGUCAGCACAAGCUCCACCUCCUCCAGGAAGUCCGGGCUGUGGGGAAUCCUUGACGCAUCGCCGCCAAUCCCGCAGCGCACACCGUUCCUACGGCGCCUGCUGCGGAGCUCUUCCUCCUUCGAAGAGUCGGUGCGGCAGGACGUCUGCUCUCCCGCCUUCAUCCCGCCGUCCUGUUCCUCCUCCUCUUCCUCCAGGAGGCAGCUGCUGAGGAAAACCCAGAGCUUCGACCACCCGGCCUCACCCGACACGUCGCGCUGCGGCGCCGGCCCUCGCACCCUCAGCGAGCCGCCGCGCAGAGGGAACACGGGCGUGUUCAUCCGCGGCCUGGAAGUCAGCAGCACGGAGGCAGCGGAUCGGACGCUCCGUCCCAGAACCCUGGGGCAGAACUGGGCGGGUCCACGGAGCCCCGGGACACCAGGGGGCGCCGCAGGGGACGGCCGGCCCCGAGGAAGUAAACUGCGGCACAUCGUGGAGGAGAUGGUGACCACAGAGCGGGAGUACGUCCGCUCGCUGCGUUACAUCAUCCAUCACUACUUCCCAGAGAUGGAGCGCGCCGACCUUCCUCAGGACCUCAGAGGGAAACGCUCCGUCAUCUUCGGCAACCUGGAGAAGCUGCUGGACUUCCACAGCCAGUUCUUCCUCAGGGAGUUGGAGGCCUGCUGGAAGCACCCACUGAGGGCGCCACACUGCUUCCUCAGACACCAGGAGCAGUUCGGCCUCUACGCUCUCUACAGUAAGAACAAACCCAAAUCUGACGCGCUGCUAGCAAACCACGGCCACGCCUUCUUCAGGAGGAAGCAGCUGGAGCUGGGCGAUAAGAUGGACCUGUCGUCCUACCUGCUGAAGCCCGUCCAGAGGAUGAGUAAAUACGCCCUGCUGCUCUCUGACCUCACCAAGGAGGUGGGCGUGGCUCAGGAGGCGGAGCUUACCGCGCUGCAGGACGCCACCAACAUGGUCAAGUUCCAGCUUCGCCACGGCAACGACCUGCUGGCCAUGGACGCCAUCAGGGAAUGCGAUGUGAACCUGAAGGAGCAGGGUCAGCUGAUCCGGCAGGACGAGUUCACGGUCUGGAGCGGCAGGAGGAAAUGCCAGCGCCACAUCUUCCUGUUCGAGGAUCUGCUUCUGUUCAGCAAGCCCAAGAAGAUGGAGGGCGGGCUGGAUGUCUUCAUCUACAAGCACUCCUUCAAGACGGCGGAUGUGGGCCUGACCGAGUCCAGCGGGGACGACGGGCUCCGCUUUGAGAUCUGGUUCCGUAGGAGAACCGCCAAGAACCAGACCUUCGUCCUGCAGGCCGCCUCGGCCGACGCCAAGCACGCCUGGACCGCCGACGUCGCCCGCAUCCUGUGGAGCCAGGCGGCCCGCAACAAAGAGAUGCGUCUGAAGGAGAUGGUGUCGAUGGGAGUGGGGAACAAACCGUUCCUGGACAUCCAGCCGAGCGACGCAGCCAUCAGCAACCGGGCCGUCCAUUACAUCAUGAAGCCCAGAGGCGCCAGAACCAGGGCGUCCAUCGCCGUGGUGACCUUUGACCACACCCACCCGUUCAGCAGGACGGCAGCCUUGGAGGCGGCAGCAUCAGGACCGUCGUCCUGCAGCCUGCUGGGACCACUCAACCUGCACAUGUUCAGCCCCUCCGCCCUCCCGGCCGACGCCUCCUUCAGCUCCUCCUGCAUUGAGGAAGACGAGCAGGAGCAGGAGACCAGCAGCCAGCCCUCCAUGACCACCGAGAGCUCCGGCUCCUCCUCCCACUGCCUCUCCGGCUCCACCGGCUCCGACAGCGGCUGCGCCUCCUCCCACCUGCAGAACGAGCCCCGCCCCUCCUCCGGAAAACGCCACGGCAACGGCGCCUUCGUCUUGGCUGAAGCCGCCACCGUCGUCUGACGCCUCUUCGCAGGUUCUGACGGUUCCAGGAGGAACGGUGGUUCUACUUCCUGUAAAUAUUCCUGUUCAGUCCGGUCAGCAGGUUUCUCCUGAGCCAGCCUGGUGGUACAGAACCGGUCCAGAACCGGUCCGACUAGACGUGUGUAAAUAUUCCUCAGCUGAGCGUUGCUGGCUCUUUUCUAACCUCGUUAAUAAACACGUUUGAUGAAAAGCUCA